UUCGACUUCGACUCCCCCGACGGCGGCGACGCCUGGCUGCUCGACGCCAUGGCCACGUCGCUCCACUUCUCGGCCGCGUCUCCGCCGCUGUGGCCUUGCGGCGACCCGCACCAUUCCUCCGUCGUGCCGCUGGACACGGCCGCCCCGCAGGACGACGCCCCGGGCGCGCGCUCCGGGAAAUCUGAAAUAACCAAGAAAGGCGAACCUAUCAAUGGUAAAUGCCAGGUUCAUCUUUCCAUGGUUGAAGAUUAUUCUGAUAGCUCUUAUUUCUUGAAGGAAAGGCUUACACUAGCUCUUAGGUACUUCAAGGAGUCUACCAAUCAGCACUUGUUGGUUCAGGUUUGGGUGCCCAUCAGGAAAGGGGAUCGCUACAUGCUAAGCACUUCAGGGCAGCCCUUUGUGCUUGACCAACGGAGUAUCGGACUUUUUCAGUAUAGGGCUGUGUCCAUGAUGUAUAUGUUCUCUGUGGAUGGAGACAAUGUCAAAGAAUUGGGACUACCUGGGCGCGUAUACAAGCAGAAGGUUCCUGAAUGGACACCCAAUGUGCAGUACUACAGCAGUACUGAGUACGCACGGCUUAACCAUGCAAUAAGCUACAACGUUCAUGGUACUGUUGCCUUGCCUGUGUUUGAUCCUUCCACGAAGUCAUGUAUCGCUGUUGUUGAACUUAUAAUGACAUCAAAGAAAGUAAACUAUGCAAGUGAGAUUGGUAAAGUCAGCAAAGCUCUUGAGGCUGUGAACCUUAAAAGCACUGAAGUUGUCGAACAUCCAUAUGUCCAGAUAUUUAAUGAAGGCCAUCAAGCUACACUAGUAGAGAUGUUGGAAGUCUUAACAGUAAUUUGCGAAGAGCUCAAACUGCCCUUAGCUCAGACUUGGGUGCCUUGCAAAUACCAAAACUUACUGGUACCUUGUGGUGUGAAGAAGAGUAACUUCAACAUUCAUGGAAGUUGUGCCCAAGAAUUAUGCAUGUCAACUAGUGAUGUUGUAUUUCAUGUCAUCGAUGCUCAUAUGUGGGGAUUCCGAGAUGCUUGUGUAGAGCACCACCUGCAGAAAGGACAAGGAGUUUCUGGAAAGGCAUUCAUCCUACGUAGGCCAUGCUUUUCCAAAGAUGUGACUAGAUUCUCUAAAAUGGAGUAUCCCCUUGUGCACUAUGCUCGCAUGUUUGGAUUAGCUGGUUGUUUUUCAGUAUGCUUGCAAAGUGCUUAUACUGGAAAUGAUGAUUAUGUACUGGAGUUUUUCCUGCCACCUGAUUGCAGAGAAGAUGAUGAGCAAAAGGUUCUUUUGGAGUCCAUCUUAACUCUGCUGAGACAGCAUCUUCAUAGUUUACAUGUAGCCACUGAUGAAGGCUCAAACGAAGAACUUCAAGUCGAUGCUAUUACGGUAAUUGAUAACAAUGAAACAAAGGAUGAAUAUGUACAACAUCCGAACUUUGAAGGUGGCAUUAAUGCAUCACAUGAGAGCAAUGCGCAUGGAAUUCAUGAGUCUGACAGACAGAAAAGAAUAGCUUCAUCAGAAUAUGAAAUGUGUCUAUCACCGGAAAAUAGCACCAAAUGCAAUGGCAAAUUGUUUGUUGGACCAAACGGUGGUUGUACCUCAGAUUCUUUGUUGCCUGACAACAAUAGCAAACAUCAUGGAAGGAGACGAGGAAAAGCAGAAAAAACAUUCAGUUUGGAAGUUAUUCAACAUUAUUUUACUGGAAGCUUGAAGAAUGCAGCAAAAAGUCUUGGAGUAUGUCCUACAACGAUGAAGCGCAUCUGCAGGCAACACGGGAUUUCCCGUUGGCCAUCUCGGCAAAUCAGUAAGGUUAACCGUUCUAUUUCAAAAUUAAAGAAGGUGAUUGAAUCUGUUGAAGGGUCGGAGAGUGCAUUUACUCUCACAUCUAUCACGGGUCCUCUCCCCGUUCCUUUCAGUCCGUCCAAUCCUAUCAAUGUAAAGAAUGGAAGGCAAACCGAGGUUACUGACCUUUCCAUUCCUUCUGUUCAAGAAAACAGAGGUUCGUCCUCUCAGAUUAAGUUAUUACAAAAUGAUGAUCGCCUAGGCAUGCUCAUUCCUCAGCGAAGCUUUCUGGCUAAUAUCAGCAGACAGAUCGAACAGGAGAAAGCUUUGAACUUGAGAAGUUCGUCCGGAGAACCUAGCACUAAUUCAGGGACAUCAGAAGACUCCUGCCUUGGUAGCCCUGCAAACAGGACAUUUGUUUCAACACUCAUGGAACAACAACAAAACAUGGGCAAACCAGAUAGGUUCACAAAAGGGCCAUUUCAAACACAGGACCUUCUGCUUCCGGGGCUAUUUGUUAAUGGUUCAGGAAGCUCCAAAAAUUGCAAGAGCCACAUCACAGCUGCAGUUAAUGAACCUGCUGUAGUCCCUCUGGGCAGUCUCAUGUCUGUACAUAAUUCAGGGAUAGUAACAGUGAAGGCACGCUACAAGGAAGACCUUUUAAGAUUUCGGUUCCCGUGUUCUGCAAGCAUUAUUGAUUUGAAAGAUGAAGUGGCAAAACGGAUACAGAUUGAUGUUGGUGUUUUUGAUAUCAAGUAUCUUGAUGAUGAUCAUGAAUGGGUGAAGUUGACAUGUGAUGCUGACUUGGAAGAGUGCGUGGAGAUCUCCCGGCUUUCUGGUAGCAACGUUUUGAGGCUGUUGGUCACUGACAUUGCUCCGAUCCUUGGGAGUUCUUGUGGGAGCACUGGAUGAUUUUUAAAAGUUUAUGAAUUAGCAUAGUAUAAUGCAGUGGUCUAAUAUAGUUUAUAUUCAGGCUAGCUGCUUCAGUUCUUGGCUACAUCACUAUUUUCUUUCCUUUUACAGGUAUUUCUCAUUUUGUGUAGGGAAAGCAAGGAUACAAAUCAUUUUCUAUGAGGUAGUAUGUAGAAAGAUAAGGUUGGUGUAGCAUAAAUCUAAUUGAUGUUUAGACUUUCCUGGAUGAUUGUAUGGUAUACGGUUGAUACCAGCCAAACAAAAUCCUGAAAAUAUUAUUGCUGGAAUGCUUAUAUAACUUUGAAAUAGUUGUGUUGCA